GUAUCGUGGAUCAAACGGAAGAAUGCUUUGUUACACGAGCUACUGACCGUAGGACUGACGACAUAUGCCAACGACGAACGGUUUCAGGCAAUUCAUUUCCACCACAGCGAGGAUUGGACGCUCCAAAUAAAAUACGUUCAACCGAGGGAUGCCGGACUGUACGAGUGCCAAGUGUCCACUCAUCCGCCCACGAGUAUAUUUCUCCACCUUGAGGUGGUCGAAGCCAGAGCGGAGAUAGCCGGCCCGACGGAGAAAUUCGUGAGGCCUGGCAGCACGUUGCAGCUCCACUGCCUGGUGAAGAAAUCCACGGAGGUGCCGUCGUACCUCUUCUGGUAUCACAACUUCCGCAUGAUCAACUACGACGUUGAGCAAGGCGUCAACGUUAGCACCGAUCUCACCAGCCGGGAGAGCUGGCUGGAGGUGCCAAGGGCGUCGGAUCGUCACUCGGGCAACUACACCUGCGAGGCCAGCAAUGCCCAGCCGGCGCGCGUCGUGGUGCACGUCUUCAAGGGCGACAAUCCGGCCGCGAUGCAACACAGCAUGGCGUCGUCGCCGUCGGUGAUGGCCUGCACCGCGCUGCUCACCACGUUCAUCACGCUCAAGCUGGCUCUGCAGACGAACUGGAGCUUGUGACAUGCGUAAGUGCAAGAGACUCGUGAAGAGAAAAAAAGAAAAAAAAACUCGCGGAGUGUGUUAGCGAAAUUAUGUAAUAUUGUCAUUUAUUAUUGUGUCGCGUGAUAUCCAUGUUCGUGUGCGAGGAUUUGUGGCUUUAGUUAAUUUCGCCGAAGUUAGUAGAACGACGGUUAUGGUUAUGGUGGUUCCAGUUUAAAGAUUGUUAUCGGAAUGUGGUGGCACCGUGGAACUUUUGGAGCUGCAGGGAUUGGCUGUGAUUGAUUACUUAUCCAUUCAAUGCGAUCAACCUUAUACGCUGCCGGGGAAAGUAGCUGCGCCGAAAGAUCAGCUGUGAUUAUUUGCGUUACCGGGAGGCAAAUCCAUUUAAUCCAUUAUACGCACGUCUAAUCAUAGUUCAACGUGGAAUAUGCAACAACGUAAUAUGCUAAUGCAAAGCAGGAUAAUUGUCAUCAUCACUAUGAGAUUAGUAGUGAUCGAUCAUCGUGUGCUCGAUGGUCUGUGUAUAUACCAUCGAAGAUUUCCGAUCGGGAAGCAGCGUGUCCAGCAGAGAACCAAUAUAAUAAAAGUAUAUAAUAAUGAUAGCACAUCUUGUUUGCGCAUGUAUUUGAACGGUCAUCCGUCGGGCG